UUCCUGUGGGUCUGCAUCGCCGAAGAGAAGAUGGCGGCGCUGGGGGAACCUGUCCGGCUGGAGCGGGAUAUCUGCAGAGCAAUUGAGUUGUUGGAAAAACUACAGAGGAGUGGAGAGGUGCCGCCUCAGAAACUUCAGGCUUUGCAAAGAGUCCUUCAGAGUGAGUUCUGCAAUGCUGUGAGGGAGGUAUAUGAACAUGUUUAUGAAACUGUGGACAUCAGUAGCAGCCCUGAAGUGAGAGCUAAUGCAACUGCAAAGGCUACUGUUGCUGCAUUUGCUGCCAGUGAAGGGCACUCCCAUCCCCGAGUUGUUGAGCUACCCAAAACAGAAGAGGGCCUUGGAUUCAAUAUCAUGGGAGGCAAAGAACAAAACUCUCCAAUCUAUAUCUCACGGAUAAUUCCAGGUGGAAUUGCUGACAGACAUGGGGGCCUCAAGCGAGGAGAUCAGCUGCUUUCUGUUAAUGGAGUGAGUGUCGAAGGAGAACAUCAUGAGAAAGCUGUAGAGUUACUGAAGGCAGCCCAAGGGAAGGUUAAACUCGUUGUACGGUAUACGCCAAAAGUCUUGGAAGAAAUGGAGUCACGCUUUGAAAAAAUGAGAUCAGCAAAGCGCAGGCAACAGACCUAAUCAUUUAAAAACUUUAUGUUACUCUUUGCUUUUAGCUAGAAAAGUUUUACUUGUGACCUACUGAUGGCCUCAGUGCCAGUGAUUGUAAAACACUAGAAACUUCCGUGAAAUCUUCUUGCCAUUUUAUAAAUGCCUAUUUUAGCAUCACUUAUGGUUGUAGAGAAGCAUACACUUUUUUUCUCACGAGAAAAAGUAAAAGGUGAUGAGGGCAGUUCUGUCCUGCUGUUUUUACAGGCCUUUUUCAAAUGCAGAUUUUGUCACAAAGUUGUUAUAGAUUUUUAAAAAUGCUUUUUUAAUAUUAAAGUGUACUUUUACAUUCUUAAUCUUUUUUUAAGAAGAGGUUUUCUUCAUUUGGCAACUUAUUUACAAAUAACAGUUCUCCAAAACUUCCUUUUGAUUACUGCAAUUUCUUUGUGAAUUUUCUUUUCAGUUUUCCGAGAAAUUAACCCUGGCAGUCUAGCCUUCAGCAGUUAUCACACUGAGUGUUGGUGUUGCUGCUGCAUUUUGUACUUAGAACAUACAUACAAUAUGUGUCAUCAGUGGUAAAUCAUAGCUGUCGUGGAACCUUUUUAUUUAAACAAUGUAUAAUGUAUUCAUUUAUACUGAUUUGUAAAAGUAAAUUUUUAAACACUGAAGCAAUCAUUGCUAAAAUAUGUAUUCUUUCAUAAUAUUUAAGCAGUGAGGCGAGAGGAUGUAAUUUGAUUAUUAGCAUUACUGAUUAAAUCCCUUAUUUAUAUUUAACAGUAUGUCAUAAAUUAUAAAUGCAAACAAGCUCAGAUUUCGACUUUUCAAAUUUUUUAUGCUAUUCAUUUGUAUUUAAAUGUAUUUCUCAUAUUUCGGUUCUUCCAUGCCUAGAGAUGAGUCAGUUUGUGCUGAGAAAAAUGGAAACAAGACGAGGUAAUAACUUCAGGUGUGGAGCCUGAAGAGCCCAACAUAAUUACUGUCCCAGCUUCAGUACCAAUUUGAGACAGAAAGGGGAGGCAGGAUUUGUCAAGGUACAGAAACAGGGAGCUUCUUAAGCCUCACAGUGAGUGAGGUUCAGAAUGCUUCAUGUCUUGAUUCGAAUAGUGAUGGGAGUUUGAACAAUGCUUUUUACCAUUUGUCCACUGGAUGUCACCAUUUUACUAAAAGGCAGCUAUCGAUGUGUGACUGUGACUGUCUUCUAAAAGCUGAAGUCGAAGGUGAUUCAUUUUCAGUCACAGAUUAUAGGAACAUUUAUGGAGAGUCUAAGUGAUGAUGUUAAGAAACUGAUGGGUUGAAAUGCAGGAAUUUAUCAUAAUUACAACUUUAUUACCUUUAUUUUUUUUAAAAAUGGGCAUUUUGUAACAUUCCUUCAGGAAGAAUGGAAGUGUGGAAGUGUGUACUAUUUUUGCAUGUUUGUGAGCACUGUCAGUCUUACAAGAUAUCUGCAGUUUUCAGUGAUUUUUUUUUUUUUCAGAGUAAAAGUCAAUCAGCAUUGUUAUUUAUCAGUUAGGAAUUGAACACUGGAUUGUGCAUGGUUGAAUGUCACUACAAAAUGUGCUUGAUAUUGAUAGGAUCAUGUUGAAUUGUGUAUUUUCAAAAUUAGCUGAUGUGUUUUUAAAAUGUUGAGACCAAAGUAGUAUAGAAGAGUAUGACAUAUUUUAAUUUAACUGUAAGAUUAUUAGAGUUAUUUGUUGUAAAACUCUGUAUUAAAGUUGGUGCAUACAGAGCAGUAAUAUUAUUGUUGUCGUAUUCCUACAUCACAGGGCAAGUAGCCCUGGGAACCUUGUCUGAGCCUAGCUGCUGUGGCUGCAGUUGCUCCUAUAAUUACAGCUUCCUGGUUCAUGUUUCAGCGAUUGCAGACUUUCAGCCAAGUUACUUUUUUUUUUCUUUUUUUAGUUUAUUGAGUAAGCUUUUUCUUCUGCAGUAAUUCACAAUCUGUUCUUUGUGUGGGCUGAUAUCUAUUUAUAUUCUUAAAAUAAAAGUAACUUAAAGGAGCCAAAUACAUAGCUUUGCUUGGUACUAUUGAGCAUGAGUAGCAAUAGCUUGAUUUCAUUGAUGCAAUUCUCGUAUCUCAUCAGAAUUUUAAAUAUUGACCAUAGGAAAACUCAGUGGCAAGUGUACAGUAGUCUUCUUGUGUAAUAAGGAAAUGAAGGAACUUUAAUAGAUGGACAGUUUGUGAAUAAAACUAGGCACACCGUAAAUAUAUAACAGGUGUUUGUUUCAUUUGUAACUUAAAUGCAAAUUUCCCUUUGCCCCAGUUUUCUCUCUCUCAAAUAUUUCAAAAUGAGUUGACUUGAUGAUUCUCAAUCUUAGCUGCAUGUUAGAAUGCCCCACAGAGCUUAGCACUUACUGGUACCUAGGUCCCUUCCAAUAACAACUAAGUCAAAAUCAUUUCUGUAUUGGUUAACAAUUUUAUAUAGUGUGUUUUGACCAAGUCUACCCCCUAUUGCCUUUAGAAGCUCAUUCUGUGUAGUUCUGAUGGACACCCAGGUUUGAAAAGCACUGGCUCAUGGAAUUUCCAGUUAUACUGGACUCUGGAAGUACAUUUAAUCUGAAGCUACUUAAUGAUUGAUUGUAUUUCUUAGUACUUCUUUAUGGACUAAAAGGUAUUUGGCUUUCCUUAUUUACAAAAUAAUUACAAUUUAACUUUUUUAGGGGGUGGAGAGCAGGGUCUCUACAUAGCCCUGGCUGUCCUGGAAUUCACUGUGUAAACCAGGCUGGCCUCCUUUUUUUCUUUUUACAAAAACAAAACCUACCAACUAUUCAGUAGUAAAAUUCAGAGUUUUCUCUUUCUGCCCCCUUUACCUUUAAAAAAAAAUUUUAAGUUUUUUGAAAGAGCAUGUUUAAAAUUUUCAGAUGUGAAAGCACUGUGAGUAAGGAUUCUGUGCUGUCCACAUAUGGCUCCUUCACCUGUCACUGUGCCCUACAUUGUUGUAGCUCUGUUCUCGAUGUUUUCAUCAUUAAGAUCAUUUUCCUGGUGUAAAUCUUAAGGUAUUUGCUCAAGUGCUUUGUUUACAGUUAAAAUGAAUAGAAUUUAAUAGAAGAUAUGGUUAUGGCUUACCUGGAAAGCGUUGCCAGCAUGACUUGGUAUAGACGUAAAAAAAUACAUGUGAUUAUAAAUGUGGAAUGAUCAUUGACAUAAGGACCCUAGUGAUUGUACCUCCUGAAUAAAUGUCUGCGUUUUCUAACUUACAGUUCAUUUCUCUUCUGGCAACAAUCUCGUUUUGUAGCUUUUAAUUGUCCAAAAUUUAUGAGUAAUGUCUCUUCAAAGGUUGUUGAAGUGAUAAUAGUUACAUAAUGGGGGAACAUCACUUGAUUAUUAAUUUUCAAGAAGUUUUAAACUAAUUUGUAACUGGACAUGGUUUUUAAAAGUAUUGGCAAAGAUUUGAUACACUUGUACUCUUUUUAGUUUGAGAAAAUAAUUUGGAAUGUGAAACAGUACUUUUUCAAUAGAUGAAUCAUUUAGCAAUUAAACUUUGGUUCUAAGGCUUAUUUAAAAUAUAUUUGUAUGAGUCAUGCUUGUCCUUUGCAUUUGACAAAACUGAUAGAACCACAGAUAGAUGUAUUGCUGAACGCUGUGUAUACAAUAACCUUUACAUAGAGUAAAAGCAAAAUUCGUGGUGGUUCCCGAAAUAAAACUUCAGAUUUCUGUA